AACACGUCCGUUGACCCGUGCACCGAUUUCUACGCUUACGCUUGCGGUGGGUGGAUGGCCAAACAUGCGAUACCAAAGACCAAGCCAACUCUGGGGACUUUCUCCAUUUUAAACGACGAACUGAGGGCGACGCUUCGAGACAUUCUGGGAAACAUGAGCCUCGUUGAAGAGAACCAAAAUGUGACAGACAAAGUUGUACUGGUCUACAACGCAUGUGUGGCUGUUCCGGAUCUCGAGGAUCGACGCGACGUCGUCCUCGAUAUAAUGAACGCUUCUGGACUUGCCGAGUGGCCGAAAAUACGCCCACAGGGAUGCGUGGAGAAGGACGCCCCGAACGCAACAGCCGUCCUGAGCAAGACGAAAAGUUCGACCGUUCUUGCGGCUGGCGUGGGAAGGGAUUCGCGAAAUCUCAGCGCUUACGUCAUUCAGAUCGAUCAGCUGUCGUUUCCGAUGGUGGGUAGAAAUCAGCUCAUCAAUCAAACCAGCAACAGCAGCAAGGCGAUCAUCGCUGCCUACAAGAAGCUGAUUAAAGUGUCAAUGAAGUUCAUGAAGCCUCACCUGUGCGACGAAGAACUCGAAAAACUUGCAGGCGAGCUUUUGGCAUUCGAGGGACAGCUGGCCAAUAUGACGAAACCUCCCGAAGAAAUGAGAAACAUAUUAGAAAUGUAUAACCGGGUCACUAUGGACGAAUUGGAAAAAAACUUUUCUCACAUACCCAUUCGCGCAUUAUUACAGAAAGAGUUUUGUCAAGCGAACAUUACAUUAGCUCGUAACGAGACUAUAGAACUUUUCGCUCUGGACUAUUACACGAAACUCAACGAAUUUCUACGAUGUGCCGACCCGUACACGGUGUACAACUACGCCGGUCUGCGACGCAUGCUGAGCUGGGCCGACGUCGGGUCGAAGGCGUACCGAAACGCCUCCUUCGAGCUUCGAAAAGCGAGACGGGGAGUACGCGAAGAGCGGCCCAGGUGGGAAAUAUGCGUCGACGCGGUCAACGGCGGGAUCCCUGACGGUGUGGGCUACCUGUACGUGCUGCACAAGUUUAGCCACGAGGCCAAGGAAGAGGUUGAAGAUCUCGCGAAAAGGAUCACGGUCGCGUUCAAUAAAUCUCUGCAGACGCGGGACUGGAUGGACAAUGUGACUAGAAAAACAGCCGAGGCAAAAUUGCUAAAGAUGGCGAGGAAAAUUGCGUACCCAGAAUGGCUCUUCAACACGACGUACCUCGAAGGACUAUAUAAAUACGUACCGAAGCUGUUCCCCAACGAACCCUAUGGAAAAAUGAUGUACGCAGUGUCAAUGAACAAUUGGAUACAAGAAAUGAAGAAGCUGAGGAAAACAUACGACACCGACGCCGAAUGGCUCGAAGGCGCUGCAGUGGUAAACGCUUUUUACAACCCGAGCGCCAACGAAAUGGUGUUCCCCUCGGGAAUCCUUCAAGGAGUCUUCUACGAACACGGCCUGCCACGGUCUCUCAACUUCGGAGCCAUCGGCAUGGUAGUAGGACACGAAAUGACUCACGGCUUUGACGACAUGGGAAGUCAGUUCGACGCAGAAGGUGCCCUGAAACAAUGGUGGAGCAACAAAACUCGAAAGGAAUUCAUGAACAGAACAAAAUGUUUCGAGUACCAGUACGGAAACAUCACCGACAAAGAAACAAACAUGACGCUAAACGGCAAGAACACGGUGGGCGAGAACAUUGCCGACAAUGGAGGACUGCGCCUGUCAUUCGAGAAAAGCAUUUUAUGCAAGCCCAAGUAA